GUCCUGUGCUAAUUUUGUGAAUGCAGUGUCCGGUUGAGUCUAAAAGGUCUGAAAAAGUGUUGUCUCGAAUCGGUUACAUCACAGCGGAUUCGCGAGGCUUCUGAUAAGACCGCAAGAUGAGUUUCCAAUCACGCAGGCAGUAAGAAGUACAAGUGAGAAAAGUUCCUAAACAAUCAUUGAGUGAGAAGUGAAUUAAGUACCAAUGGUGCUAGAGACCAACGGGCAAGAGCAGGAGAAAACAGACUAUACCAUCAUGAACUCUGCAGUCAGCAGUGAGUCCAUGGACAUGCCGGAUGAGGAUAUGUCCCAAGUGGACGGGUGUGGGCUGAGCGGUGCGUCAGACGAUGAAGAUGACUGCGGCUCGUCGGCGGCGGGGUCUUCGUACGACGAGCCCGCGGACAUAGUCAAGACAGCUAUGAGCGACGAGGUCACCAAACAACUGGCUGCAGCUGGCCCUGUGGGUAUGGCUGCAGCAGCAGCUAUAGCGUCCUCGAAAAAGCGCAAGCGACCGCACGCGUUUGAGACCAACCCAUCGGUUCGCAAGCGCCACCAGAACCGCCUGCUUAGGAAACUUAGACAAACCAUAGAAGAAUUCGCAACCCGUGUAGGACAACAAGCAGUGGUUCUGGUGGCCACCCCCGGGAAGCCUAACACGUCGUAUCGCGUGUUCGGCGCCAAGCCGCUCGAGGACGUCGUCAGGAACCUUCGGUGCAUGAUCAUGGAGGAACUGGAGAACGCCCUCGCUCAGCAGGUUAGAUCAUCUUUUUUGUUCAAUCGUCAAAGGGUUAUGAAAAUUCGAGCAAACGGUAUUUCUGGAAAAUGCGAUGUUCAGCAGGUGGAGAACGGCAGCGAGCUGGAGGCGAUCGGCAUGGGCGGCGGCGUGGCGCAGGUGAUGCUGCAGGGCAGCGGGGGGGAGCCACAAGUGCUGCAGGUGCUCUCGCUCAAAGACGCAACUGUGCUCACCAAGGCCAUGCAAGUGAAGGCAGAGCGGGACACGGUUGUGACGGACUCCUAGCUGAUGGGCCUGGUGGCCCCGAGCGAGUGCCCCGACCUGCUAGAGCAG